AUGAAAUACUUGGCGAUCGUAGCGCUCCUAUCCGUGGCCACUGUCCUGAGUGCCGACAAUACCAACAAUGGUGUGAAUGGCAUAUCAUUUAAUGAUCGUAUCCUUCAGGGUGUAUAUGACGGCUCACAUCAACAUCAGGGUAGACAUAAUGAGCCUCAUUUCCCUCGACCACCAUUCAACCAGACAAUGAGUAACCGUACCGUACAUACCCGUUCCCUACUGCCUGAUCCCUUGCACUUUGCCGAUGGUAUUGUCCAGAAAGCACUGGGUGUUGCCAGUCAUGCAGCACACGCUGGUCUGGAUAUAGCUGGAAAGGCUGUUGAUGCCAAAACAGGUCUGGCCGGUGGUAUAGCUCAUACCGUGUUGGGAGGAGCUGAUAAUCUGCUUCACCACAAUAUGCCACACAUACCCCAUAUUCCUCAUGUGCCACAUACCGGGCCAUCGCAGUCGACUGAUCCGACUGACGCCCAGUACUAUGGCGUCCGAAACUCGCGAGACUUCACCGGAAAAGUAGUUUUGGUUACGGUUACCAACUCAGGCUUGGCUGAGGGUACAAUCAAACUGUUUUCCAUAUUAGGAGCUAACCUGGUCAUCACCGGUACUAAUGGCACUUACAUAAAUCAGCUGGCUCAAUCUGUCCAAAAUUAUUCCCCUGAAAAUCUUAAGGCGUUGCCAGUUGUCGCGGAUUUGACCAAAACUGCUGACAUCCAGAACCUGUUCACACAAACCGUACAAACCUUUGGAAAGUUAGAUGUUUUGGUAAACUUCGCGAACAGCUAUGCAUUGUUGAACAUAACGGACCCCAACCUUAUGGCCAGUUGGGACCAGACCUUCCAAAACGACUUGAGAUCCACGGCUGAGCUCAUCCAACAGGCCGUCCCAUUGCUCGAGAAAACUAACGGCUCGAUCACUAAUGUGGCCACUAUUGCUGGUGUGGCACCGGUGGCCGUGGAGUUGGCCUACAGUACCGCCAAAGCAGGUACUGAACAGUUGGUAAGAAUACUAGCGCUUGAGUUGGGAUCCAAACAAAUCAGAGUCAACACAGUCAAUGUGGGUGCUAUCACUCCUGACGGACAGCCCGAUGGUAACCCUAUUCUAGCUCUCAUGCAGUCGAAAGCACCAUUGGCUCGAUUAGGUGUACCCCUGGAUGUGGCCAAAGGUGUGGUAUUCCUGUCAUCGAGUGAUGCCGAUUAUAUUACCGGGGUUAAUCUAGUGGUUGAUGGUGGCAUUAUCUACAACUAUCCUCCUUAUUUCAAUUAAAUUAAAUUAACUAUGC